UGUAAAUGCUGCGUUUCUCUGGAAAGACUUCAAAGGACAGUGCAAUAUCACCGCAAGACCACCAGAUGGCUCGCCCCUGCCGCGACCCCUAGCAACACGAGCAGUGCAGACGAGAAGAUCCGGGAGCGCGCACAGAGCGGAGACGUGCCUCAGCCGGGGUGGAAACGAGGCGCAGGAGCAGCCAGUGUUUUGUCCUGGGCGCGCGCUGACUCGGUAUUUCGAGACAGAGAAAAAGUUGAUCUGAAAAGCCGUUCUGCCCGGAGCAGUGUUCGGUUUGGAGAGGAACAACCGGCCUUACGACCCGAGCCCUAUCUGAUGAUGUGUUCCUUCCCAGCCAUCAACAUCUGAGACACACACAUACACACACAUAUCCAAAUCUCUCUCACCCACACACACACACACACACACACACACACACACACACACACACACACACCAUGAGUGAGGAGAGUGGGGACGUGUACGUGGAGGUGGAGUAUGACUACUCGUACGAGUGUAAGGAGCGCAUGAUCAGCAUCAGGCAGGGGGAGCGCUACCUACUGGUGCGGAAGACCAACGACGACUGGUGGCAGGUACGGGCACAGCCGGGCACGCGGGCCUUCUACGUGCCCGCCCAGUACGUCCGACUCAUCAAGAGGGCCCUCAUGCCCCCCUGCAAGCCAUCCGCCCUCCUCCUCACACACUCGUACCAGAACGCGCACACACACGGCCAGGAGAACACGCACGAGCGCGCCUACCGGCACGCGCCUGUUGCGGAACAUUCCACGCGACCCUCGCCUUCCGACACGCCUUUGUCGUCGCCCGGGCAACUCACCCCGCCCCACUCUGCCUUUGACACCAAUCAGAACCAAGGGGGUGGGAUGCUGAGCUUGGAGUGCGGAGGGAUGAACAACAACAACCAUGUGAACGCCACCCUGCCGAGGGGGAGGGCCGAGUCUCCGCCCCUCAGGCCGCAGGGCGACGCCCACGCAGGGUUGCUGUCGGAGGCGGAGGCGGACGGGGAGUCGCCAGGGGAACGGAGUGUGAGCGUGCGGAACGACUCGGAGUCGGGAGACGAGCUCAGCAGCUCCUCCACGGAGCACAUGCAGGCGGUCUCUCCAUCGGUGCGCUGUGAGUCCCCCGUCUACACUAACCUGCGUGAGCUGCAGGCGUCCCAGGUGUCGUUGCCCCCGCCCCCCCGCGGCUCCUCGCCCCUCCACACACACGGGCCCUGGGAGACGCACCGCCACGCCAGCGGACGCUACUUCUACUACAACACACACACACAGACCACCACCUGGAAGCCACCGCGCUCGCGAGACAGCAGCAGCCGCACCGAGCCGCCUGGUAGCGCAGACAUGGAGUCAGAGGAGAAUAGUCACAGCGCAUACUCCAGUCAGUCAGACAGCCAGUACGGAUCGCCCCCCAGAGGCUGGUCCGAGGAACUGGAUGAGCACGGACACACACUCUACGUGUGCGAGCACACCAAUGAGAAGUGGAUGAAGCAUGUGGAUGAUCAGGGACGGCCUUACUUCUACAGCGCAGAUGGCUCUCGCUCUGAAUGGGAGCUGCCCAAAUACUCCCUCUCUCCUCCGGCCCCCUGUGAGUUGCAGAAGUCCCGUAGUCUGGAGCGGAAGCAGCCUGAGCCCAUCGUUCUCACCAAGUGGAGACACAGCACCUACCUCCUGGAGCUCAGCGACAAGCUGUCAGUCCCAAAGAGGAGGUUCAGCACAGACUCUCUCGGCCUCUCACUGUGCGGCCAGCAAGAGAGUGGGACUGGUCUCAAACAGAACUCUCCAGACUCAGACUCCUGCCCAUCUUCCCCAAAGCACGCAUCCUCCCCGUCGGAGAAGUGUGGUGUGCUGAACGUCACCAAAAUUACCGAAAAUGGCAAGAAAGUCCGGAAAAACUGGGCCUCUACAUGGACGGUGCUCCAGGGCUCCUCUCUGCUUUUUGCCAAAGGACAGGGCACUGGAACUACCUGGAAGUUUGGCGGGGGCCAGUCUAAGCCUGAGUUCAGUGUGGACUUGAGGGGAGGCUCAGUGGAGUGGGCCUCCAAAGACAAGUCCAGCAAGAAGCACGUCAUCGAGCUGAAGACACGCCAGGGCACGGAACUGCUGAUCCAGUCUGAGAUCGACAGCGUCAUCAACGACUGGUACAGAGCACUGUGUGAGACCGUCAACACACACGCGUGGGAGUCUGAUGAAGCCAUAGAGGAGGACAUGCCUGAGUCCCCCACAGAGAAACACGACAAGGAGAAAGACCACAGAGACUUAAAGAAGAACAGAGGCUCUAAGGGUUCUGUGAGUGUGGACUCGGAGCAGAAGAAGACUCGUGUCAAGCUGAAGAAGUUCCUCACACGCAGACCAACACUACAGGCUGUCAGAGACAAGGGAUACAUCAAAGAUCAAGUGUUUGGCUGCAGCCUGAGCAGUCUCUGUCUGAGGGAGAACUCCACGGUGCCCAGCUUUGUGACGACGUGCAUCGAGCAUGUGGAGAAAACAGGGUUGAGUAUUGAUGG